CUGGCUUGUCCGUGAUAAAAUAGACAAAAUCGACGACGGGAAAAAAAAAAAGAAUUUUAUUUUCCGAUAUCUUCUCCACUUUUCCGAUCCUUCCUGAGUUUCUGGGAGUGAAGGUCAAUCUCUAUCAGUGUUGAGUUCACUGAAGGGAUCUUGCUUGGUUUUGGUUUGUAUGUGGAGCUGCUGAUCACAUAACAUCUGCAAAUGUCAAGCUUACUUAAUUCAUCAGUAAACGGAUCUGCUUCGAGUUUGUCGGACGGUUCAGGGAGAGCGUUUGCUUCUUCUUUCUCCGGUCUAUCUGGGGCAGCUUCUCCGGUUUUUCAUCAUGCUGGUUCUGUUCAGGGCCUUCAUAGUAUUCAUGGAAGCUUUAAUGGUUCUUCUGCUGGAGUCCAACAACAAAAUGGAAGAUUUGCAUCCAGCAAUCCUCCGGUUGGGCUUUCUCAGAUAUCUUAUGGUAGUUCUAAUGGACACUCAGGACUUACUAAUAGAGGAGGAGGAUUGGGAGUUUCUCCAGUUUUGGGAAAUGCCGGCUCUCGGAUACCGAGCUCUAUGGGGAAUAUGGUUGGUGGAGGCUCAAUGGGCAGGACUUUGAGCUCUGGUGGAGGAUUAUCUGUCCCGAGUCUUGGUUCUCGGCUAAAUUUGGCAGCAAACAACGGAUCUGGAAGUAUUGGACAAAACCCAAUGAUGAGUGGGAUCCUUCCACAAGGAUCUCCGCAGGCUUUUUCUAUGCUUGGAAGUUCCUACCCUGCAGCUGGGGGACCUUCCCAAAAUCAUGUUCAAGCAAUGAACAGUCUAAGCUCUAUGAGCUUUCUGAAUGAGAUGAACUCCUCCAACGACGUUUCUCCAUUCGAUAUAAAUAAUGAUUUUCCUCAGCUCAUAAGCCGUUCCACUUCUGCUCAAGGACAAUUGGGAGCUCGAUUGCAACAAGGCCUUGGACUCAGCCCCAUAGUGCAGCAAAACCAAGAGUUCAGUAUUCAAAAUGAAGAUUUUCCUGCAUUGCCUGGAUACAAAGGUAGCAAUGCUGAUUAUCCAAUGGAUUUGCAUCAUAAAGAACAACUCCAUGAGAAUUCUAUUUUAAUGAUGCAAUCUCAACAGUUAUCUCAGAUGGGAAGGUCUGGUGGGUUUACCUUAGGUGGAGCGUAUACGUCACAUCGUCCUCAACAACAACAUGCUCAAGCUGUGAGUAGUAGUGGAGUCUCCUUAAAUGUGUCUGACAUCUUCUCAUCCUCGCAUCCGUCUUACCACUCUCAGACUGGUGGACCUCCUGGUAUAGGAUUAAGAUCUAUGAACUCUGCAAAUUCCAUCACUGGGAUGGGUUAUGACCAGCCCCUCCAGCAAUAUCAGCACCAUCAGAACGCCUCCCAGUAUCGCUUGCAUCAGAUGUCAGCUAUUGGCCAACCUUUCAGAGACGUGGGAUUAUUAAAACCAAUGCAAGUGACACAGUCAAAUCCUGAUCGUUUUAGCUUGCUCGGUUUGCUUAGUGUGAUAAAAAUGAGCGACCCUGACUUGACUUCUUUGGCACUUGGGAUUGAUCUGACGUCGCUUGGGUUAAAUUUGAACUCAACAGAAAAUCUUCAUAAGACUUUCGCCUCGCCUUGGUCUAAUGAACCUUCUAAAGAUGAUCCUGAGUUCAGUGUUCCCCAGUGUUACUACGCUAAAAACUCUCCGCCUCUACAUCAAAGGCUCUUUGCGAAGUUGUUGUUAGAAACAUUGUUUUAUGUAUUCUAUAGGUAUGUAUCUUUGGAAUUGUUUUACCUGUUGAUGCUUUCAUUUGUUCAAAAAACCUUAACGAUAUUCUCGUGCAGCAUGCCGAAAGAUGAAGCGCAGUUAUACGCAACAAAUGAACUUUACCACAGAGGUUGGUUCUACCACAAAGAACACAAGUUGUGGUUCAUUAGAAUCGGAGAACCUCUCGUGAAAACAAAUGCUUAUGAAAGAGGAUCAUAUCACUGUUUUGAUCCAAUCUCAUUUGAGAUCGUUCAAAAGGAAAAUUCUGUUCUUUACUACGAGAUGCUGGAAAAGAGACCGUCCCUAUCUCAACAUUGAGUGUAAACUAUCCGUUAUUCAGUAUUUAUCAUGUAAUUUUCCUACCAAAGUAUCCAUUUGUUUAGGAAAUCAAUAGAACAGUAGUAACCAGUUUCCAGCAUAUGUAGCUGAAACUUCUUCAAGCUUAUAUAUUAAAUCAAUAGACAUCUCUUCUCUAUCA